CGCGAGUAGGCGUGGCAGGACCUACACGUAGUUCCUUCCUCGGUUUCUCUGCUACGUGAGGCCGACUUGGAGGGAAGUUAUCGUUGCUGAAAAAGGGGAAAAGUAGGAGAAGAGAGCAGAAACCAGCACCUAAAAUCUGCUUCAGGAGCAGUGAAGUGUCUUCAUGGCAGUUCGUCGAGGACACAUUAAGUACUUGAAAGCCGACCUGCAGGAGGUGUAUGACAUGUCUAACGGUUAUGAAGAUCACAUGGGAGGGGACGAGGGGAAGGACGCCAAGACCAACCUGAUAGUGAACUACCUGCCUCAGAGCAUGACGCAGGACGAGCUGCGCAGCCUCUUCAGCAGCAUCGGAGAGGUGGAGUCUGCCAAGCUGAUUCGAGACAAAGUCGCAGGCCACAGUUUAGGGUACGGAUUUGUUAACUAUCUUAACCCUAGUGAUGCAGACAGAGCUAUCAGUACACUGAAUGGACUAAGGCUACAGUCCAAAACUAUCAAGGUUUCAUAUGCACGGCCCAGCUCUGACACAAUAAAGGAUGCCAACUUAUACAUCAGCGGCCUGCCAAAGUCAAUGACCCAGAAGGAUGUGGAGGACAUGUUUUCACGUUAUGGACACAUCAUUAACUCCCGUGUACUUGUUGACCAAGCUACAGGUACGACAGGCGUCUCUCGUGGAGUGGCUUUUAUCCGGUUUGACAAGCGGGCUGAGGCAGAGGAUGCUGUCAAAAAUCUGAAUGGCCAAAAACCGCCUGGAGCCUCUGAGCCAAUCACAGUGAAAUUUGCUGCAAACCCAAACCAGGCAAAGAACACGCAGCUCAUUUCACAGCUCUACCACAACCAGUCCCGGCGCUUCGGGGGGCCCUUACACCACCAGGCACAGAGGUUCAGGUUCUCCCCCAUGGGUGUUGAUCACAUGAGCAGCAUGGGCGGCGUCAGUGUCCCUGGGAACUCAGCCAACGGCUGGUGCAUCUUCAUCUACAACCUGGGCCAGGACGCCGAUGAGAACAUCCUUUGGCAGAUGUUUGGUCCCUUUGGCGCCGUCACCAACGUCAAAGUGAUCCGUGACUUCAACACUAACAAGUGCAAGGGCUUCGGCUUUGUUACAAUGACGAACUACGAGGAGGCGGCCAUGGCCAUCGCUAGCCUGAAUGGCUACCGGCUUGGAGACAAGAUACUGCAAGUGUCCUUUAAGACCAGCAAGGGACACAAGUAGAGAGAGCUGGACAAUCAGAUGUGCAGGAGAGAUGGAAAUGACCUGCACCAGGCAUAAGUUUGCAGUCUGUCACAUCUGUUUGAGUUUUAGUGUAUUCAGCGAUAAAUGAGAUGUUCACUCUUCUGCACCUUUAUAUUUGUCUGAAAGUUUUUCUUUUCUUCAUCUUUGACCUCAUGCUUGAGGACACUCAGUUUUAAUUUUUAGGUAGGGAAUGGAGAAGGCAGAAUCCAAUGAUAACCCCAAGGUAACCUUUCAAAAUUCUCUAAAAAACUAAAAUACUGUGUAUAUGUGUUACAUGUGUAAGUGGGGACUAGAUACAGGAGGCAGGCACAUGAUUCUUACGAGCGCACUGAAAAUAUGGAGCAUAAGGAAAAAGCCCUGCAAGUUGUUCUCCCGACGGGUUGGCAUUUUACUGGAUGAGACAAAAAAUAAAUGAAGAACAAUAUUUUGCCAUAGUCAGUGGUGCGGAAGUGGCGCUCUGUUUCGUGUCUUCGUCCUAAGUAGAAAUAUAGAUGCCUUAAAUCAUCAUCCAGUAGACACGCAGACCUACAAACAAUACCACUCAUUAUCUUAAGAUAAUCUAAGAGCAAAGCACUUUUAACCAAUCAGUUUUAGGUUACCGUGAAUAUCAGUCUUUUGGAUGUUAAUCUGACUUUCGCUCGCCCUCCUACCAGGCUAACGAUUUUAAACUUGACGUGCCCUGGAGGGUAAUGUUUUUGUUGUUGGUAACCCUGUGUAAAGUGUCUUUUUAUUGUAAGUUGCAUUUCAGGAGCAUCCUGUUGAAUAUGUACCACAGUCAGUGUGUAGGGAAUUACGAUGGACCAAAGGCAGGGAGAGAUUUGAUCCUAUGACCCCAGAAGAGUUUUCAUGAGCAGAUUUUCACAAGGUAUUUUUUUUUCUUUCUUCUUUCUGUGUUUUUUUUUUGUUUGGAAAGGUACUAAGAUUAUAUCUGGCAGUGACUGAGAGCAACACCAUUUUGGCUCAUGUUUGCUGUUCUAUUUUGGUUGGUGUUUUUUUUUCUUUUCUUUUAAAUUUGGUUUCUUUUAGUUUGGAACAUUUUUUCUUUCUAAAGGCAUAGAUUUUUAUUUGAUAUGUUCUAAGUUACACACUUGUGUUACUGAGUGUUUAUCUCAAGUUUUGGGGAAAUCUAAUGGCCUUUGUUAAUGAUUUCAGUUUAGAUUUGCUUUCUUUUCUUCCUUUCUUUUGUUUUGGUUGUUUCAUUUUGAGCAUAAACCAUUAAAUUUUAUUUCUUUUUGCUGAAAGUUUUGUUUGGUUUGUUUCUUUUUUUUAUUUACCUUUUUUUAAGAUUUGGUUAAGAGUUUUGUUCCAUUUACUUUUUGAGGUGAAAAACUGCAGUGCUGAUAGAAGAUCCCUGGUCAAACAAAAAAACAGGUCGUCAGUGGUUUUCCCCUGGAAGAUUUUAAACGUUUGAGACAAGUUUAAAUGAAUAAUGUUCGGACCAAUGUUGGCUUAGGUAAGGUUUUUUCACCCGUACACAGACACUUGGAGAAAAGUGACAGUCAAGCAGAAAUUUCUUGAAGCAGGAUGGAUAAGUUUGAGUCUCUGAAGAGCCACAUAACUAGGAAGCUGAAACUUUUACUACAGUCAUGUAGCAAGCAGAGCAGAUUGAACUUCAGACUUCUGUAUCGACAUCAGCGACAAUAUUUUAACACAGUAAAUGGGGUAGACGCCAUUCACUUGCAGAUCUACACACGCUUUGCUCUGAUCUUUGGAGGAGAUUAUUUUUAACUAGUGAGGGCUUAUUGUUCUAUCAUUCAUUCAGAAGAGGUUAUUGGCGUGUCACAGCUCAUCUUUAUCAUAGUGAUGAAUUUGGUAGAUUGUCUUGUUUUAUAAGGAGGUUGAAAGUUGGGGCAUUAGCAUUGGUUCUAAUUGAACGGAGGAACCUCUUGGAGAUAAAGUAACAAAUAAUAAAUGACUCUGGGAACGGUACAGGCUCACACUUUUUAGGAUUUACUUUUAAAGCUUUUUUUUUUUUUUUCUUUCCCCUGACGCUUCAUUCGUCUUCAGUGCCCCAUCUGAAAGGCAUAUUCCCAUCACAAGCUCCAGAUUUUGGUCUUGAAAGUGCUUUCAGUUUAGUUUGAUGUUCUUUUUGGGUCAUGAACCUUGUGCAAUAUUUAAUGACUUGCUCAAAGCAGGUAAAUUUGUUGUAGUCUUGGACUGUCUUCUUUUUUUUUUUAUUACUUUUUUUUUCUACUGACAUUUUAUGUUACUGCUUAGUUUUCUCAGCAGUUUAGUUUGAAAUGCAUAAAAGAUGAAAUGCAAAUGAAUUUGUUUUAGGGGCAGUCAUCGUAUACUGCAUUCCGCCUUAAUUUAUAAGUGAAAAGGGUGUAUUUUACAUCAGAGGAGGCGUAAAUAUUUAUUUGACAGUAUAUGCGGUCAUACUUGUUACUCCAUUGCAGUGUUUUUAAUGAUUGAUUCUUGUUUUCUUGGUAUUGAAGGACAUUAAGUUGAUGUCCAUUACAUGUCUUCUAACAUUGGAUCAUUUCAAUAAAAACAUGGUGGCUUUUCAAAA